AAACAAUAAAUAUAACAUCCUUCUUGACAGUUGACCCACUUGAACCCAAUAAAUGUUACAUCUUGCAUGAUGCAACACAUUCCUGUGAAUUCACAUAUCCAUCAUCAUAUUCCAAUAAUUACAAGGGUAUUUUGGUACUUCAACACACUUCAUAUCAAAUAUAUAUGUUCUCUCAAUUCCCAUGCAUGCACACAGUAAUCUCUUUUAUCCGAUUUUGUUUCAAUUUCAAUUUUAAGAGUCCAAGCAAUGGACUCCAGAAUCAUUGCCAGAUUCUUGCUAUUUGCUCUUCUAGUCUCCAGCACAAUAGCUCUUGACCCUUGUGCUUCUCAAGCAGAUGAUUCAGAUCUGUCAAUCAUUCCUAUCUAUAGCAAAUGUUCACCUUUCAUCCCACCAAAACAAGAGCCGUUGGUGAAUACAGUCAUCGAUAUGGCCUCGAAAGACCCAGCAAGGCUCAAGUAUUUAUCAAGCCUAGCUGCCCAGAUGACCACUGCGGUUCCCAUUGCCCCAGGCCAGCAGGUACUGAACAUCGGCAACUAUGUUGUCAGGGUCAAAUUGGGUACCCCAGGUCAAUUUAUGUUUAUGGUCUUAGAUACUAGUAAUGAUGCCGCUUGGGUACCUUGCUCCGGUUGCACUGGAUGCUCCAGCACCACUUUUAGUACCAAUACCUCUUCCACUUAUGGUUCAUUGGAUUGCUCCAUGGCCCAAUGUACCCAAGUCCGUGGAUUCUCUUGCCCAGCAACCGGGUCCUCCUCCUGUGUUUUCAACCAAUCUUACGGUGGAGAUUCCUCCUUCUCUGCUACCCUUGUGGAAGAUUCAUUAAGAUUAGUCAAUGAUGUGAUACCCAAUUUUGCUUUUGGAUGCAUCAACUCCAUCUCCGGUGGGUCAGUUCCUCCCCAAGGGCUAUUGGGUUUGGGUCGUGGACCCUUAUCGUUAAUAGCACAAUCCGGAUCGCUUUAUUCGGGCUUAUUUUCGUAUUGUUUACCCAGUUUCAAAUCUUAUUACUUCUCAGGAUCACUCAAACUCGGCCCAGCAGGUCAGCCCAAAUCCAUUAGAUACACUCCACUUCUAAGAAAUCCUCACCGCCCGUCACUAUACUAUGUUAACCUAACCGGAGUUAGUGUAGGCCGGACACUGGUACCUAUCGCACCUGAGCUCCUAGCAUUUAACCCAAACACGGGAGCAGGGACCAUAAUUGAUUCGGGCACUGUUAUAACCCGGUUCGUUCAACCCAUUUACACUGCAAUUCGGGAUGAGUUCAGAAAACAAGUGGCAGGCCCAUUUUCAUCACUAGGGGCAUUUGAUACCUGCUUCGCAGCAACAAAUGAAGCAGUAGCCCCUGCAGUGACACUACAUUUCACAGGCCUAAAUUUGGUGUUGCCCAUGGAGAACAGCCUGAUACACAGCAGUGCUGGAUCACUAGCUUGCUUGGCUAUGGCUGCAGCACCAAACAAUGUGAAUUCAGUGCUGAAUGUUAUAGCCAAUUUGCAGCAGCAGAAUCUUAGGCUCUUGUUUGAUGUGCCCAAUUCUCGCUUGGGAAUUGCCCGUGAAUUAUGCAACUAAAUUUUGUGGCUUUUCUUUUCUUAGUUCUUUUAUGUUUGUUAAGUUGUGUUUUGUGAGAUAGGUUGUGGAUUUUAAUAAACAAGAAAAGUCUUGUUGUUGUGGAGAGUA